AUGCAGACGCCCGGCGGCAGCCGCGACGCGCGAUGCUACGACUUCGUGGGGCUCGACUUGGACUACAAAAAUGCCAUCGGGAGACGCAAACGCCGCUACGACGGCAUCGCCGUCGCUGUGUGCCCGCGGAAGGGUUCGACGGGCUACGCGGGACCUUCGGCUCAGCCGGGCCACUCGACCCGACGCCUGAUGGCCAUCAACUACUCCAGCAUCGACGUCGCCCGCCUGGAUCUGGAUCUCACUCGCGCCGUCGGCAUCCCAGUCCUGAUGUUCAACGGGCCUGUUCCGGAUGUACAACCACCCCUCUCCCCUUUCACGUCCUCCGCCCGAUGA